UUCACUCCUCUUUGUCGUCGACCCCCUCAGCCUUCCUCCGAGUCCGCGCCGGGGCCGCCCGUACGAGAGCGCCCUGCCAAGUCGACGCGCCCGUUCGCCCGCUCCCGUAGCAUGGACCGAGGGCCCGACACCGGGCCGUCCGCUGCACCGCUGCUACCGCCGUCGCUCGUGGCCCGCGUCUCUCUCGACGGCCGCCGUCGCACGAGGUCCAUGUUGGCCCCGUACUAGGGAAGAGAGAUAGAGAGACCUUCGAGAGGCCGCCGUGUUCGCGUGGUUCUCUUCGCGCCCAUGAACCCGCGGCGGCGCCCGCACCGGCGGCGCCCCAUCGCCCAUGGAGGGGUGCAGCUUCUGCGGCGAGCGGCGGCCCGCUAGCCAACACCUGACGGGACCCGUGCGCCGGUGCCGUGCCGGACUGGACUGGCGGCGCUCGGUGAAGCACACUAGCGCGUCCGUUUGCGGCGUUGCGAAGCCGCGUGGCUCGCUCGACCUUGCCACCGUCGUCGUUGUCGUAGGGCGGCUAGGACGCGCCCAAGGCCGGAGGAGGCCCGCCGCCAUGCGGGGCCCUUGCGCCACCGGUAGCGAGUCGGCCCGAGCGGCGGCCCUAGUGGCACGGCGUUGCUGCGGGCCGCUGCCUCCCGUCAACGUAGUCGUCGGUCGCCACCGAAGCCAGUUGUGAGGAGUGGAGCCGCGCGCGCCACCGCUCGACUCUUCUCUGGGCGGAUGAUCGGCCGGGCGUGCGGCAGCGGCGCCUGCUGAGCCGCGCAAUGCAGCGUGCCCGGUCGCUGUCGUCGCUGCCGCCGGAGCCGUUCAUGAUCAUGCGCAGCAAGGCCCUCAACCGGCGCGUGGUCAUCAACGUGGGAGGCGUGCGCCACGAGGUGCUGUGGCGCACCCUCGAGCGGCUGCCGCACACGCGGCUGGGCCGGCUGCGCGAGUGCAACACGCACGAGGCGCUGGCCGAGCUCUGCGACGACUACUCGCUCGCCGACAACGAGUACUUCUUCGACCGGCACCCGCGCUCGUUCGGCGCCGUGCUCAACUUCUUCCGUACCGGCAAGCUGCAUUUGGUCGAGGAGAUGUGCGUGAUGGCCUUCAGCGACGAUCUCGAGUACUGGGGCAUUGACGAGCUCUACCUGGAGUCAUGCUGCCAGCACCGCUACCACCAACGCAAGGAGCACGUCCACGAGGAGAUGCGCAAGGAAGCCGAGUCCCUGAGGCAGAGGGACGAAGAGUACUUCGGCGAAGGGCGCCGAGCCCAGCUGCAGAAGUUCCUGUGGGACCUGCUCGAGAAGCCCACUUCGUCACUGGCCGCCCGGGUGAGAGUCGACGUGCGCUGUCGCAAGCCUGUGUGUGUGUGUUGUCGUUCUCUCUCUCCCUUUUUCUCUGCUGUCGCUUUCUUUGCUGUUCCGCUAUGUUUGUUUGGUUCUUCCGUCUCUCUCUCUUCUUUUUUUCGUUGCGCGCGCAGCAGGUGCUCUCUCUCUGUCUGUCUGUCGCCGCGCUGUCUUAACGCGCUCUGGGGAUGGGCAGCGCGAGAGUCUGCGCGUCGCCGAUGCAGCAGGCGCCACGGGCGCUGCGGCCAGGGCGCGGGCAGAAAAAAACCAAGAAGCAGCGAAAAUGCGACCGUUGUCCCCCAGGUGGUGGCAGUGCUGUCGAUCCUCUUCAUCAUCCUGUCGACGAUCGCGCUGACGCUCAACACGCUGCCCGAGCUGCAAGAACGUGACCACAAGGGGGAGGUGGUGGACAACCCCAAGCUGGCGCUGGUCGAGGCCGUCUGCAUUACCUGGUUCACGCUCGAGUACCUGCUGCGGUUCCUGUCUUCGCCCAACAAGUGGAAGUUCUUCAAGGGAGUGCUCAACGUCAUCGACCUGCUGGCUAUCCUGCCGUACUUCAUCUCGCUCUUCCUCACGGAGACGAGUAGCAAGAAGCAGGACCAGUUCCAGGAUGUGCGUCGCGUGGUGCAGAUAUUUCGCAUCAUGCGCAUCCUACGAAUCCUCAAGUUGGCUCGCCACUCGACCGGACUGCAGAGCCUGGGCUUCACGCUGCGCAACAGCUACAAGGAGCUCGGGUUGCUCAUGCUGUUCCUGGCAAUCGGCAUCAUGAUAUUCUCCAGCCUGGCUUACUUCGCCGAAAAGGAGGUGGCCGACACCAAGUUCACCAGCAUCCCGGAGACUUUCUGGUGGGCAAGUAUCACCAUGACUACCGUCGGCUACGGAGAUAUCUGUCCGACCACGCCUCUGGGCAAGAUCGUCGGUAGCGUCUGCUGUAUCUGCGGCGUGCUCGUCAUUGCGCUGCCCAUCCCCAUCAUCGUCAACAACUUCGCCGAGUUCUACAAGAACCAGAUGCGCCGGGAGAAAGCGCUCAAGCGCAAGGAGGCCCUGGAGCGUGCCAGGCGCGAAGGCAGCAUCGUCUCCUUCCACCACGUCAACCUGCGCGACGCCUUCGCCAAGAGCAUGGACUUGGUCGACGUCCUUGUGGACACGGCCCACGGUGCCUCCCAGGGCGACGCCAUCAGCAUCGGUGAAGAGUCCGCGGCCCGCCUGAACGCCGGCUGCUUCCGCAACUACGAGCACACGCUGCAGGCUGCCAGCGGCGGCUGCUCAGGGGGACAACCUGGAGGAGGAGGAGGAGGAGCCCGGGGUGCCUCCGACCCUCUUCUGCUACCGGAGCCGCUCAACUCUCUCAGCGGCAGUCGCCAGCAGGCGGCGGGCCAGACGCUGGCGGCCUCGCCCGAGCUCAAGGAGUUCCUCGAAGGCGACUUCCGGGCCAACAUAGAGCUCAAGACUAUCAACCGCUGGGACGUCGGCAGCGUGGAGAGCUCGGACACGUACCUGUCCUGCGCCACGCAGCCGUUCGCCUCGCAGGCGGACCUGAGCCAAGAACCGAUGGCCGGCCAACAACAGCAGCCAGUGCAGCUGGUCCGGCCGCGGUUCCUGCAAGGCGUGCGCACCAAGGCCCGCUUUGACCCCGUGGACGCCACCCGGGCUCUUCGGCCGGACACCAUCGAGCUGCCGCGACCCGAGCCGCACGUGUUCGCGCCCUCGGCCAGCCACAAGGCGUCGCCUUUCUCCAAAGUGCUGACGCUGUUCGGCGGCCAGUCGGGCAAGUACGGCGGCUCGGGGGACCCCGGCGUGCGCGCGGAGCAGCCUCCGGCGAGCCGCGGCGCCGCCAAGUCCAUCCUGAAGAAGCCCGAGGAGCGGACCACGGCAUCGACGGGCACCGCGACCACGCCCAGCCUGGGCGCACUGUGCGUGCAUACAGUGGACGUGAUGUGCUCGCCCGUGCGUGCCGAGAGGACGCCCCUGCUCACCGCGCAGGAGGAGGACGGCAGCCCCGCCAGGGAGCCGCACUCGUAGCCAGAGUGGCCUAGUGCGUGUGCGUGGGGGGUGCCGGAAAGGGAGGUCAUGCAGCGACACCAUACGGUGCGUCCCGGGCGCCGCCGCGGGCGCCAUAAUUUCGGGGCCUCGGUGGGGGGCGCUACUUGUCUCCUCCGGGAUCCCUACCGAGGCCCCAGGCGGCGCCGCGCGAGCGCCCGGGACGCCCGGAGGAGACCUCAUCGUCAUCAUCGACAUCCGCCGCAGCGGCAGCAGCAACAGCCAUCGACGAUAUGUGACCUCAUCUCGCGCUUGUACAUAACUCAUCGGACAGCCCACCACAGCAUUUCCUCCUCAUUUCUUUGUUUUAUAUGUCGAACUCUAGACUGCUCUCACAUUCUUGGUGCGAAUAACGACCCUGCUCACUUACGCCUUCGUGUUACUCAGCACUGCAACCAUUCGUCUGUGUGUGCCACGAAGAACGGUGGGACUGACACGAACUUCUUGCGCACUAGCGGCCGGCAGUGAAGCGCGUCACGUAUGCUGCUGGCGGCAAAAUGGCGUGUUGUGCUUGUUAUAUAUAUUUUUUUUGACGCAGCUCAAUUGCACCGUUAGCGACACCACAAGGGGCAAUGUUAAGCCUAUGCCACGUGUCAGUGCGGCUGUUAACUGCCCGAGUCGUUCGAACUGUGUCUUGAUAGCCGCGUGGCCACGGACACGGGGAAACAAUCACAAGCGGACCGAAGACGCCCAUUAGAUCACGUUUGCGAAUACAGUUGCACAUAGUGUGCGCUUCCUUUAAUCAUUUUCGGUGCAAUGCAGUACAUAACUCUACAGCCCUGUCCGAUCGGUCGACUAUAUGGUGCCGUUAAACGUUUCCUCAUGCUGGGUUGUGUCCGCUGUAGCCGCUUCUCUUCAUCGGGACAAUUUCGGUGGCGCUAGCAUGUCGGAGCACUGCGCUCUUCAUUACUAUUUUUUUACACGUUUCCUGUCUAGUCACCGCGUGCUUGUCACAAGCCCGUUUCCAGUGCGAUGCAACUUUGUGAGCGUGUGUGUUCGCGAGUGUUGUAUGCAAGCGUAGAAGAGCAGCUACCGGUUGUGAGCCAUCCGCAAAGUCUAUGCAGUGAAAACCAUUAAUCACUCUGAUAGUGAUGCCACCGGCACACGACGGGGCAUCACUGACACGCAUACACGAAAUUGCGCCGCCCAGUGCCCAACACGAGGUCCGGACAGGCGCGCUAUAUGAAACACACGCAAGCCGAGUUACCGUAAAGUGACAGAGAGCAUCAAUUAUCCACUCGCAGCUUUACAAGGUAAAAAGAAUAAUAACAACAACAAUAACUGGUGCAUAAAAAGUACUCGCGACUCCCCCGGCGUCACGUGACAUACCUCCGUGUACAUUCGAGUCUGGCAUGUUCUCCUUCGGUGCACGAAUGAUUGCCUCAGGUUAACGUGACCUACUCUGGUGCAUUCUCGUCGUCGGAGGCCUGCUAAGCAUUAGAAGGUGCUAUGAAUUCCAUUUCGAAAGCCGAUCCACUUUAGCGUAUGAAUGCUAGAGUGAUGUGAACAAGAUUGCGCAGGGGUGUCAACAUACGACUUCAUUCUUGUUAGACUACGCGUACUCCUGCAUCGGGCUGCCUUCGACAUAGAAACACUCCUCGCUCGUUUUUGUAAUGCCUGCUUGCGGCAUUGGGAAUGCUAACACAAGCAGUGCGCAGAUGCUUGACUGCUGCCUGCUAGUGCGUAAUGAUCUGGUGUCAACCGUGACCUUGCAAGAUGGCCGAAUGUCUAACGACGCGCGGGUCGUGCUCUUUCUUUUGUCUACGACGCGGCCAUUUUUGGCGCGCAGCUUUUCCGCCGCUCUGUUUCCUGCCACGUGACGCUCGAGGAGUAUUGUUCCUUCCGUCCUUCUGCAUAGCUUCGGUGGUGAGCUACAUUGCGCCAUCAUAUCAGUGUGCUCCGGUUAAGUUUCUGUUGCAGCCGUGCAAUCUGAAUUUACGCUUCAUCGAUGCGACAAAAUGCCAAGGGAGCCGUGACUAGGUGGUGCGUGUGCAGGUCAAUGGGUCUUAAUGAAUUUAAUUCUGUUCGAAAGGAGCGCAUGUCCCCUUGCUGCGUUUGCAACGGCGCAGAACGUAUACGUUCGGCCGCGUCGACGUGGAUGUCAGAACCUACUGAAAGCUAACCUCAAAAAAAGAAAAGAAGGAAGAAUUUGUAGUUAGUAAAGUAUGGAAUUCGUCUCCCAAAUGGACCAAUGAAUUCCGCGACGUGAUUACAAGUACCUUGUAUCGUAUAUAACGUGCACUGCAAUGGUUCUCCCCGCCAGGUGAUCAAAUCGAGAAUGUGACCAGACACGCAACGCACUUUGUCCACUGCGGGUGCCACUUGGGACGUAUUACGUUGUGACACAAGCGUGUGCACGUUUUUAUUCGUCUCACUAUAUUCUUAUUUUUGUUGCCAAUGAGACAGCUUUCAGGGAGACGCGGGCCCUAGGUUCUGAAUCAUGCCUGCUAUCAUCGCUUUGUAAAUGACUGUGUGCCCGCCAGAGCUGUUGCUAACAACACUCUCAUGUCAUGUGUCGAUGGAAGAUACUUGGAGGAGUUCAACUCGGUCGCUGAGGCAGCUAGGCCUACGAAGCGCCCUUUAUAUAUUCAGAGAGUGCGUUCUUGGUAACAUCUAUGACGUCAUACUGUAGCAAUGACGUUGCGCGCGCAGGCGCAGCAGAAGAUUGACAGAACGAACAGACCGUAGAGCUGCUCAUUCCAAAUGUACGCCCUUGUAAAUGAUCUCGAAUUAGUGCAAUGCACGAGGAUAUCGCGCCUGGAAAGGUUUUCGCACCGAGCGAGGCGCUUGCGUUUAAGGAACAAUCGUUGCGUAUGACUCCGAAGGUGACCCAUGGUGUUAACGUACCGUACAAAUUGUGACGUCACGUGGAGGGAUAGCCUUUCAGGAAGUGCGAAAGGGCUCUCGCUUGGCAGCUGCCUGAAGGGGGUCGCCACUGGCUUCGCAUGUUUAACCAAAACAAAGCGUUUCGUUUAUGUGCCAAAUGUGGCAUGUACUAAUAGUAACGUCGCCAAGACCAGACUGAUAUACGGAACUGCGUGAAACCUGGGUCCUCCCACUGUACCGACGCACCAUAUACGUAGAAACAUAUUUUUCACUCGCCAAUGCCUCGCGAUUAAAUAAAUAAAGAAUAAUAAUGAUGAUGAUUCGUGUAGUAGUAACGCCAGUCGCACACGUGUCUUCAAUAUGUGUAGCAUACACUGCAUGCCCGCGCAUCGACUGCACGAUGUCCACAGACCUCCGCGUGCAACGUGUCUUUCUCAGCUCAAGGCAUCUCCCAGCCUUUACUCCCGCGCAGCAACAAUACCGCCACCACCAACAAGUUCAGCAGCAGACGCGUGUGUCAGUCACCGAUGUCUUCACGGCGCCAUUGUAAACGCAUUUUCACCGUUCCUUUUUUAUCGUUUCUGACGGUCAAGAUGGGGGUAUGGAUAGAUGGAUGAGGGCGCCCUGUAACCGUUCCUUGGCAAGCGUAUAUGACCGGCCCCCAUUUGUUUGCGCGGCCGGGAGGGUUCUUUCAUCAGGGGCGACGAGCGUUGGUGCCCUAGCCGGGCUUUCUCGCCCGGCGUUUUCGAGAGCGGCGCCAUGCCGCAGGCGCCUAAGCAGCAUCUCGGCCGUCGGCAGGCUUCACUUGGCUGCGUGCCAACUGGCGCGCCCGCGCGUCUCAAUCCAUACAACAAAACGCGUCGCCGCUCGGAAGAAAAGGGGACGCCUGCUCGCGUCGUCCUCAUCCACGCGGCCAGCAUUUAUUUCGCGAUCGUUACUGGGACACUGCGUGGAGCCGGCUGAGGAGACCCACUUCAGUGAUACUCCCACUCGCUUUCUUUUCUAUUGUUACUUUUUUUUCUUCUUGAGAAGCAGUACGCGACAGUUGGCUCCGCAGAAGAUUCCUUUUUCGAGACGAUCCCAUCGCAAUACAUUGACUCCCAUUCCAAGAAAGUGAAGAAUAAAAGCGAUUCUAUUCUUUUA